GGAAAGGCAUCAUUCGCUUCUGUGUGUUUGCAAUCGCAUCCAGUCUUCAGAUCCUAACAACUUCAACAACAACAAAAAAACUGUGCAAAGAUGUUCAGAUUCGUCGCAGUCGUCCUUCUCCUGGCUUCAGUCGUCGCCUUCUCCGCUGCACAAUUGACCUACUCCACGGGAUGGGGAAAGAGGAGUCUCAACGGCGGCGAAACUAACUGCAAAUCCUCCAUGGACGCCGUCAUGGCCAUCUACAAGCUCAUCCAGCUGGAAGCCCAGAAGAUGAUGGACUGCGAACGCUUUGCCAAGUAAAAAAAAACAAACAAACAAAAAAACGCCACCCGAAAACUGACCUCCCGCAUCGCUUCUACUUACGUGCAUCUCUAUAUUACUAUUAUAUAUGUAUUUUACUCAGCAAAACAUUGAAAUUAUGAUUUUAAAGGAAGACAUUUCGUGAUUUACCAAGU